AUGAGAAGGCAUUAUUGCAAAUAUUCAGGUGAAAUACUUAACGCUACUGCAACGUCAGGUGGAGUGAAACCAGUUGGAUCUGUUCAAGAAUAUUCAAUAAGAGUACCCAAGAAUACGAGGAAAAAGUAUCAUGUUAUGAGAUUUAACUCGAGUCUUUCUGUCGACUUUGUAAAAUGGAAAACUCAAAACAUUCAAGUCAAAAUGGAGCGUGAAAAUAAUUUUAAAGAAUAUAAGGGUGCUGAAGAAGAAAUACCCAAAUUUGGAGCAGGUAGUGAAUUUGGUAGGGAGGCAAGGGAAGAAGCCAGACGUAAAAAAUAUGGCAUUGUAGCGAAAAAGUAUAAACCAGAAGAUCAACCGUGGAUUUUAAAGCUGGGUGGAAAAAAUGGUAAAAAAUUUAAGGGUAUCAGGGAAGGAGGGGUUGCCGACAAUACCGCUUACUAUGUUUUUACACAAGCCGGAAAUGAAAUAAUUGAAGCAUAUCCAUUACAAGAAUGGUAUAAAUUUCAACCGAUUCAAAGAUAUAAAGCUCUGACUGCAGAAGAAGCUGAAAUCGAGUUUGGAAGACGAAACAAAGUAAUGAAUUUGUUUUCGGUCAUGAUUAAAAACAGAUUUAAAAAUGAGGAAGAUGAAGAAUUAGAAGAUCCGGACAAACCGAAAGGGAAAAAAGGUGGUGGGAAAAAAAAAGAAAGAGAUUUACAAAUCUCUGAAAUGGACGAAUGGAUAAAUUCAGAUGAUGAUUUAUCGGAUUCGGACGACGAUAAGGGGAGCGGUGACGAUGAGGAUUCUAAAAAGAAUAAGAAAAAGGGUAAUAAAAAAAUUGCUCAAAAAAAAAAGAAAAAAGAUUCGGAUGAUGAAGCCGUGGAGGAAAGCGAUGACGGUGACGAAGAAGGCAGAGAAUUAGACUACAUAUCCGAUUCGUCUGAAAGUGCAUCCGAUCACGAAAUGAAAGCCAAUAAAGAAUUGAAGGGGGUUGCAGAAGAAGAUGCGUUAAGAAAAUUGUUGAAUUCCGAGUCGGAAGAUGAAGAAAAUGAAGAAAAGAAAGAAGAGGAAGCAUCUCACAGCGAAGAUGAAGAAUCUAAAAAUAAAAAGGAGAAAGACGAGAAAGCAAACGGUGAUAAAACAAAAGAAGAUGCGAGUAAAAAGAAAAAACCUUCGAAGGAUGUCAAACCCAAAAAUAAAGGCUUAAAAAAAAUCGGAAAGAACGAAGAUGAUUCUUCCAGCGAGUUGAGUCCGAAUAGCUCCGACAGUGAUAGCGAUGCCGGAAAUAACAAAUCCAAAAGUGGAGGAAAAUCAAAAGAGAUGAAUAAUAGCGGUAACAACAAUUCGGGAUCGGGGACUCCGGCGUCGAAUAGCGGACCAAAUGCCGGAGAUAAAAGAAAAUUAACAAAUAGCGAAUCGGCCGUGGCAGCAGCUAAAAAAGCUAAAUUAGAUAAUUCGUCCAUAUCGAGCGGUUCCAGUCUGUCGUAUUUGAACAACAGCAACGAAACGGGAGUGACGGAAGAAGCCGUUCGUCGUUAUCUAAUGAGAAAACCGAUGACGACUAUAGAAUUAUUACAAAAAUUCAAAAGUAAAAAAACGGGUUUGUCAUCGGAUCAACUCGUGAACGUCAUGACGCAAAUAUUAAAGAACAUAAAUCCGGACAAGCAAAUGAUAAAGAAAAAAAUUCACGUGAAAUUUUGCCUUAGAAAAUAA